AUGUUGUGCAGCCUCAACUUCAUGUUCAGAGAGGGCUGUUUUGUAGCUGUGUAUGAGGACUCAAAGGACCAGUCAAACUCCGAGACCACAGAAGACGAAGGUGGAGACCACAUUGAGACCAAAGAAGGAAGCAGAGGUAUUCAGAACCAGGCUAUGCAUGCAGGGGACAGAAUGAUGGACAGCUGGGGCAAAGGACUUCAAGACAUCUCCAAGCCCUCCAGGAGCCAAUCUGAAAAUGUUUUGAGGGAAUCCUCCCCACAAGUCCUCCCACCCCUCUCCCCCAGAAUUAUUAAAUGCCCCUCCACUUCUCCAAUGCCAAGCUGCUCUGGAUCAGCCCCGAACACACCCCUCACACCCCGCAAGACACAUUUUGUACCAACCGACUACCAAGACACAAUGUUAAGACAUCCAAAAUUAUCAGCCAUGUCUCAAAGCAGCACUCAGAAUUCCCUUACUCAGACACCUGUCAGUGUCAACGAGUGCUCCCACAAGGAGUACCAGCCUAGGCAGUCCCUAAAACUGACCAGAGCAAGCUCCAAGAUCUUUGAGAAGGUGCACGGUUUUGAAGAGCGAAGGCGAAGUUAUGACCAUGAAGGCUCCAUCUCGGGAUGGUCCUGGGCCGGGUUCAACUACGCUGGGUCUGUCGACUCAGACGAUGGAGGGAACUGGUUGGGCAUCUCCAGAGGGAGUUCGAGGGAAGACCUACGAGAGGCUCUGAAGGAGGACGCUGCCGAACGGAGGUCCAAUUUCAGACAGAAGGCUGCGUCCUUAGAGGACUGCAGGCCCCGUACCACGCAGAAGGUCCAGGAAUUUGAGAACAAGUUCACUGAAGAGCCUCAACAAAUCAAGAAGCUUGUGGGUAAACCUCACAUGAAGAAGUCCUUCUCCAUCGAGCAGCUUUCGCUCAGGGCAAGAGGCAGGCAGCCUUUGAGGAAGAUUGAGCCCCUCCCACCGCAAAUUCUCCAGAAGCUCCAGGAAAGGGAGCGAGCCCAUCAGGAGAAGGAGCAGAAAGUGACAGAACAGCCUAAAAAGGUGGUGCCACCAAAAUCACCACGACUGCACCUACAAGCACGGCAGGACCAGCCUUCGCCCCAAACCCAUGAGAUUGAGGGCCCCUCCAUGAGCAACAUAACAGUCAGUAGAUUGGGGGAAGUAGCAUUCGCUCCAGAAUCUAUGCAACUGGCUGACUUAUCGAGACAGAGGCCAACAAGACAGGUAAAUCCAGUCAGUCCAAUCAAGGAGAUCCUUCAGAGGUCUCCAUCACCAGUUGUUCAGAGGGUAUGUCAUAUGCAAGAGUCUCAGGACAUCCAAGAAUCUCCUGCCCAAAAGUCCCCAAAGGAAGAAUCGUCAGGAAGAAAAACACCUGUAGAGGUAGACUUAAGAAAAGUAGAGUAUAAACCAGAAAGUCCAUUGGUACAGAAAAAGCCUACCAUUGUACAAGAGAAUCCAAUACAACCUCUGCAAAAACCUCCAUGGCUGGUUACCUCUUCAACAAAUAUUCCAGUCUCCCCAUCUGAGGAGAAAAUGGAAGUGGAAUUAAUCAAGCCAGCCCCCAAGGUAAUCAUACCUACCAUCAUUGUCAAAGAAGAGCCCAUGGAAGAGGAAGCUCCUCCAGAGACUGCCAAGUCUAAAGAGGUGACCAAUGUGAAAGAAGGCCAAACACAGAAGACCUGGGGGAAGGGUCGCUGCGCUAGGCCCAUGUCUCCAGAGUUAGAUUCUUCAGACGACUCUUACGUGUCUGCUGAAGAGGACCCCUUGGAGGCCCCUAUGUUUGAGUUUCCUCUUAAGGACACUGUGGCAACUGCUGGUACUGAGGUCCUGCUGAGAGUCAUCAUUGCUGGCACUCCUCUCCCAGAAGUUACCUGGAGGCGAGACAAUAUUGAGAUCACUAACAGCCCAAACUAUUGGGUCAAAGUGGAGGGAGAGCGGUAUUCACUUCUCAUCAAAUGUGCAAAACCAAGUGAUGCUGGAAUGUACUGUGUGACAGCUGCCAAUGAGGCUGGGAGAGCAUCUAGCAGUGCCACCCUUUCCAUCAAACCAGCCUUUGGGAAUGGCACCUGA